AACUCCUCCGUAUCCGCAUUGCUUUUUAUUGUUAAACAGUAUUGCACGACAAAGAGCGCCAUUGAUUACAACUCUCAUUUCACAAUGCAUGCAGGACGUUUGCUGAACGUGUUGAUACUGGCUGCGUUUGCCGUACUGGAGACCUGUGGAUAUACAGAGAUACUCUGUCAACCACUACAAAAACCUCAAAAUGGAGUUUUUUCUGUAAGGCAGUGUAUGUCCCAGCCCUCGGUCAGAAUGAUAUGCGCAGUAAUAUGCUAUCCCGGUUACGUAGUACAAGGGCAGGCCAGUGUGGUCUGUAAAAAUGAUGGAACGUGGAGCGGUACACCUGGAUAUUGCAGAGAUAACCAAAGUCCCAUCAUUAGACACGAAACAAGUAACAUAAUUGUCAACGCUGCUUUGGACAGUAAUCAAGCGGUUGUAAAUUGGGAACAAGACAAGCCAAGAGUGAUAGACAACUCCAGAAAGGUGCCAAGUGUGAGACUUUACAUAGGCGGACGAGAAAUAAAAGGUGGGGGCUAUGAACAUACUUUCAAGAUAGGUUUAACCACGGUGAAAUACGUGUUUACAGAUGACAGCGGUAAUAGCGCCGAUUUCUUCUUCAGAGUGGAAGUCCGAGAUGUCCAGCCACCGACCAUAACUUGCCCCAAAGUUGACCCAGUGGUGUCUCCGGACAGAGAGGUCGACGUGUCCUGGGUCCAGCCGACAGUAACGGACAACAGUGGCAAACCCGUGAGGGUGAUCAGCAAUAUGAGUCCAGGGAAGUUAUACAGGGGGCGGUACAAGGUAGUCUACGAAGCCAGAGAUGAAGCUGGAAACCGCGCAAGUUGCUCUUUCACGCUUCAUGUAAGACCCCCCAAGUGCCCUGAUCUCCACACACCUAUCAACGGAGCUGUCAGCUGUGACACUUUUGGGUUUGGAAUGUUCUGUACACUCCAGUGCCAAAACCCGUACGAUUUCGACUUGCCAGCCGGCAUGACGUCCGUGCCAAACUACUACGCGUGUGGAGGGGGUGGAAGGUGGUUUCCAUCCACUCAAGUGCCCGACUGCACUCGAUACCAGAAUCCAAAUGGAAGCUUCGUUCGGACCUUAUACUACGAUAAUGAAUGCCCGGAUCCUAGGGCCCAGAAGCAAAUCAAAGAAAAUGGUGUGAGCUCUUUCAAAAUGUCGCCUUUUGGUUCGUCAUGUAAUUGCGGCCUCACAGUCGAUGACUUCAGAGUCAUCUGCGGUGCCACCAACACCAGUGCUGUGCGUGCACCAGAUAACCAAAGUCCCAUCAUUAGUCACCAAACAAGUGACAUAACUGUCAACGCAGCUUUGGACAGUAAUCAAGCGGUUGUAAAUUGGGAACAAGACAAGCCAAGAGUGACAGACAACUCCGGAAAGGUUCCAAGUGUGAGACUUUACAUAAGCGGACGAGAAAUAAAAGGUGGGGGCUAUGAACAUACUUUCAAGAUAGGUGUAACCACAGUGAAAUACGUGUUUACAGAUGACAGUGGUAACAGCGCCGAUUUCAUCUUCAGAGUGGACGUCCGAGAUGUCCAGCCACCGACCAUAACCUGCCCCAAAGUUGACCCAGUGGUGUCUACGAACAGAGAGGUCGACGUGUCCUGGGUCCAGCCGACGGUAACGGACAACAGUGGUAAACCCGUGACGGUGAUCAGCAAUUUUAGUCCAGGGAAGUUUUACUGGGGGCGGUACAAGGUAGUCUACGACGCCAGAGAUGAAGCUGGAAACCGCGCAAGUUGCUCUUUCACGCUUAACGUAGAACCCCCCAAGUGCCCUGAUCUCCACACACCUAUCAACGGAGCUCUCAGCUGUGACACUUUUGGGUUCGGAAUGUUCUGUACACUUCAGUGCCAAAACCCGUACGAUUUCGACUUGCCAACCGGCAUGACGUCCGUGCCAAACUACUACGUGUGUGGAGGGGGUGGAAGGUGGGCUCCAACAACUCAAGUGCCCGACUGCACUCGAUACCAGAAUCGAAAUGAGUACCUCGUUCGGACCUUAUACUACGAUUAUAAAUGCCCGGAUCCUAGGGCCCAGAAGCAAAUCAAAGAAAAUACUGUGAGCAUUUUCCAAGAGACGCCAUUUGGUUGGUUAUGUAAUUGCAACGUCACAGUCGAAAACUUCAGAGUCAUCUGCGGUGCCACCAACACCAGUGCUGUGCGUGGAACACCAGGUUCCAAGUAAAGCCAUGCAUACUGGAAGAAGAGUGUGUCGGGGUGAUUGACAACUUUGCUGGUCGAAUACAAACUUGUUUUCGGCUAAACUUCGGCCAUUUAGAACACGUGCUGUAAAAAUUCAUUAACUGAGCUACAGGCAUCAAAUCAGUGCUUUUCUAAUUGUUAUUAUUUCGGCUUCAGGUACAUGUAAUCCUGUCUCAGUUUCUUUCCUCAAUAAUAUAUCAUCCUUAUAUUAAUCGGUCCCACGUGUUUUGAGACACCCUGUACUUAUUCUUCACAGUUUAACCCGACAUACGUUGACAAUUUCUUUGACAAUAAUCCGGUGGACGAAUAAUAUACUGCAACACCAAUCAUCACGAAGUGGUAGUAGUUUAUGCUUGAUAUUUGGUUGUAAAAAUCCCGAGUGUUUUCACUACAACAAGUUACGUGCACUACUUUGCAUUUCCUUUCGUGAAUAAAGCACUACUUAUUUUCGUUAAGACUU